CGUAUAACAAAAACUGAAAAACUGUUUUCGCAAUUCAGAAAAUAAUUCAUUUUGAAAGCAUGCUCGACAGAGUACUUCAUUUUGAGUACCGAAUUAGUCUUGCUUUACUUUUCGGAUUUGUAAAAGGAUACUCUUUUAAUCAUUUUAGUUGAACUCCAUUAAUUACCACCGAGACUUGAUAACCAUUCCACUAAACGGAGAACAUUGUAAAUUUUCACUCAAAGUAUAUGGAGCUUACUGAGUGUGGGCUACAUAGGAAACUGUAUUAUAUGAUAUGACGUUAUCGUUCUGAACAUCUUAAUUUAUUGAUAAAAUAUAUGCAAGAAAGCGACGAUGCUUUUCAACGACGAAGAUACCAGUUCAUCGAUGACUUGUAGUACUCAAUUGGCCAACUAAUCGAAAUAUAGACUUGUAACUACUUAUUUGUAAAUGUAUAACUACAUUGUUUGCAGACAUUUCAUUUUUGUAGUUCAAAAAUCCUUCUUUACAUCACAAAUUCAUGGAACUUCAACAAUCCGGAUACGUUAAUUAUUGCCUAGAAGUAAAUCUUGAUGAGGGAGAGUAGAGUAAGAGCUAAGUAAAAUUCAUGAGUGAAUCCAAUUUGUGGAUUGGUAUCACUAGUGGAAGUCACUAUUAAUGCUUUUUAGGUUGCUUUUAUAUAUCGGGAAAAAAAACGCUCAUAUUUUAUCACCUCUUAUUAAGUAUCACUAUCACGUUUGGAAAACAACCAAUAUCCAAUUGUGCUUGAGUCUAUGAAUCUGGGGAAUGCAGGUGAAUCGCACCUUGAACUGUGUUAAACAACGACUAAGGGUGCAAAUACACCUGAGUUGGAGGAUCAGCAGAGUUAUAAUGAAAGGAGAUUAGAUCUGGUGAGCUGGAUGGGUGAGCAGUAAUCACAGUACUUAUAUUUCUAACUUAAUUUUAUGAUUUUACAUUAAAAUGAAAAAAAGGCUUUAGAUGUUAUAGUUAAAUUUACUCACUAAACAGUUUCGAAAGUUCUUUUAUUUCAUGAAGAUUCGCAACUAAUACUAGUUGUUAUUGAUUUUAUAAUCAGAGUGCAGAAAAACAGUUAUCUUCUUGACCUCGAUUUAUGUACUGACUUCAAAUGAUUUUUACAAUAAAUCUAUAUCCAUUAAUUUAUGUACUUGCAUAAUUCACUUGAUUUGAUGACAUAACAUUUACAUGCAACAGUUUAAGUGCACUAUAUCCCAUGGUAUUCGAGGUCUUCUGAUUUACUUUAAACAUAUGUUAAUUGUCAAUUAUUAAUUUUUAAAAUAUACCGAUUGGAUAAUUAUAAAAUAAGAAUAUAUUUGUAGGCAUUCACUGUCUAACUACAAAGUAAACUGAACAUUGAUGUGGCGAGUUAAUUACUCUUCAAAAUACAGUAAAAAAUUGUUACGCAAAUGAGUUUUUGGGAUAAAAGUGAAAUUUCAGUGGUAAAAUAUGUUCAUUUGAAUACCUGAGAUCAUGAUACGUUGUCAUAUAAAUUAGCACAUUAAAACUUACAUUAAUUCUUUAUGCACUGAUUCUCUUCCUAAAACUAUCUGUAGUUGAUUAGAACCAAUGAAAAAUUAAUGAAUUUGUUUUAUUCCGUAAAUAUUUUUCUGAUUGUAUUGUUUAAAAUUACUAAUCAAAGGAUUAGAAUAUAUAAAAAAUGUUACUUUGUGAUUCUCAAAAAAUACAUUAAUGUAGAACACUAGAUACCGAAUGAAUUUAUAUUAACCGAGAAAUAUGCAUACAACACAAAAACGGUACUGCACUCAGAAUCAGCCGACAACAGUCACAAUUGAUUCUUCUGUUAAUGAAAUGGAAAAUGAAGAUUGGAAUAGAUUUCUGGAAAAUGACUUUACUAAAUUUAUGGGGAUUACUUCACGGCAAAAUUAUUCAUUUAACGAUCAAUCUAUUAUAUAUAAUCCAAAUGAUACCAGUACUACUUCUAAUAUCAUUAAUAAUAACAACAUUCCUAUCACAUAUAAAAUGAAUGAUAAUAAUAAAAGUGGCAGUGUAAAUAAAAAUAUUUUGGGACACGUCAAGGAAUUGCGAGAAAAUUGUUCUAAUGACAAUAAUCCAGAAAUUACUCCCAAUUGUGAUUGCUCAGAUAAUGAUCUAUCAUGGACAAAGGAUGUUUUCAGUUCAAAGCAUUAUACCACUAGCUCUCUUGCUUUGACAAGUGGAUUUAUCAAUGACACAAAAAUACAAAAUAAUCAUCCAGUCAGUAAUGAAUUUAUUUCUGGUGAAGAAUAUCAACAAUCUAAAUAUCUCUAUGAUCAACAUUUUAAUUCAACACCUGUACAAUUAUGUUCACAAACUGAUUAUUCUGUAAUGAGAACUGUGAAUUAUCCUUAUAUUAUUAAUAACGAACAUCAACAUUAUCUUAGUGAGUACAUUCAAUCGAGUGACACAGAGUAUUCAAAUUAUCAUAAUAAUCUUCAUAUGGAUUUAAGAUCAAAUGUCUCUGAUUUUACCGAUACUAGUAUUGCUAGUGAUCCAGAUUAUCAGAACCAAAGCGAAUCAAAAGCAAAGUCAUCAUUCAUGUUUUUAAAUGAUCACUUAUAUGCACCACAAGCACCAACCAUAGAAAAUUUAAAGUCAUGUAAUCCUUUAAGCCAGGAAGAUUCCUUUGAGAAUGGAUGGCUUGAUGGUCAAAACAGAACACAUUAUUGUGCUAACUGGUCAGUUGAUUGGACAAAUAAUACUGAGUCAAAUAGUCGACCAAACUAUCACUCAUGUAAUUCAAAGCAUAUUCCUAUAAACUUUGACAGUUUCCGAUGUCUAGGCACCACUUCUUAUUUCGAUGCUAGAAGUUCGAAUUGUAAAAAAGACUGUCUAGUUACAAAGAAUAGUGAAUCGGUUGACCAUCCACAUAAAGGAGCGCCAAACAUAUCUAGUAAUCACCAGUUUGAUUCAGGACCCAAACUGUGUAACGAAUUUGAUAGUUCCUUAUCUCCACAAACAGAGUCAACGAAGCUAUGCAAUGUUACUUCUAAAGAUACCGGUUCAGAGGUACCCAUUCCUAACGCUUUCAACUUGUCGAGUGGUGCAUACUUUUGGCUAUAUAACUCCCAGUGCAAAGGUCCAAAGGCGUCUCCAUUAAUAAGCUUGACAAACACAAUGAUUUUGAAUAAUUCAGCUGAAGAUGAUCAAUCAAGUUUGACAGAAAAUUGUACUUCAAGUGUCUAUCAAGAUGAUUUCGUGUCUUCUAGUGCUUCUUCUCGUGUUAUUAAUCCAAUAAUACAUUAUCCUAUAUCCCCAUUAUCCUUGCCAGGAUAUCCAUUUGUCGUUUUUGAAGAUCCUGUUCAAAGAAGAUAUGAUUUAGUUCAUUGCUCGAAAUUGCGUCGAGGUGACGGUAAUGAUGUGACUCCAAAUUUAAUGCGUUUGCGUUCUAUGGGAGAAGAACUUGCUCAUUUAAAUAGAAAUAUCACAGCUCAAGGUGAGUUGAUUGCUACAGGUGCAAGUUCGGUGCUUGAUCAGCCAGAUAUUAAUUUGGAUUUUAAGGUGAUUCAGGAUCUUUCUGGGAGUAUCUUCAAUUCCAAAAUAGUUGAACAGGCGAAACGCGAAAAAAACAAGUUGGCUAGCAAAAUUUGUCGUCUUAAAAAGAAAGCGUUUCACGAAGCCAAUAAAAUUAAAUAUCUUGGAUUGGAGAUUGAGUACAAUGAAUUGGCUUCAGUUAUAGUAAAAAUAAAAGAAUUGAUUACAAAAGCUCUAAAAAAUAAUUUACCAUCAGAAAAUUUACGUUAUGAAUUAGCGAAUCAGCAACACUUUUAUAUGUCUGAUAAUCAAUUGAAUAAGGUAGACUUAUCAUCGACAUCAUCAAGUCAAGCUGGAUCGAUAGCAUUGACACAAUCUACCGUAAAACUUUUUCCAAAUAUUUCGGGAUCAGUGUUUAAACAAGCUUUAGUAUUCUAUGAAACAACACAUGUUACCCGGACAGCUGAAAGAAUGGAUAUAUUAGUCGAUGAAGUCAUUCAAAAUUAUUCAUUCUCCUGUUCUUUAUCUUCUGGUAGAACUGACUCAUUUGAACGUGAUAGUCAAUCUUUUACAUCAAAUAGAAAAUACUAUACUCCUUUACUGCAAGCAUUGACAAAUGCAAACAUGUAUUACAACAAUCACGAUGAGGAUAAGUCACCGGAUACUAGAAAUUCAAAUGUUAUCUUUCACGAAACACCAGAAAUGAACAAAGCAAACGAUAUUCGACAAGAUACACAACAACAAUGUCCAUCAACAUCUAAAUUAAAUUAUCCAAGACCACCACCAGAAUUCAAACUAAUUUAUGAAUGAAAAAAUCAUUGGCAUCAAAGAAACUAUUAAUUAACGAAGUAAUUCUCAUUUAUUCCCUUCUAUCUUCACAACUAAAUUUGUUUAAUAAGUAAAACUUAUACCUUGAACUAACUAAACUGAAGUGUUUUGUCACUUUUUUAUUCUUAAAUAAAUAGUCGUUUUAUUGUAUGGAGGUAUAACUAAACACUGGUAAAAAAAAACUGUGAUAAUGUGUUUUUGUUUUGAAUAUAAUAGAUAAUCUAUUGUUCAUUCCAUGCAUACCUACUCCAUUCUAUGUUUAUAUUUCAUUUUAUACUGUUGUUCUGAAAUACUCAUCUUUCUAUAUCAUUUCACGAUGUUAUCAUUCUAUACUUUAUAUGCUUAUUCAGCAUACAUAUAAACAUUCAUACAUCAUACCAAAUGUUAAUAUUUUCAUUUGAAAAUCAUCAUUCUACUAACAAUAAUUAUGUAAUAAACGGUGUUAACAAGAUUUAUAAAUUUAUUAUUAUUAUUAUUUUAAACAGUUUAUUUCACCUUUCAUAAUCAUUAUUCUUUUUCUCAUUUACAAAUUAUUAAUGUUAAUAUAUUUAUCUCCCCCUUUUAUAAAGAAACAAAAAAAAACAACAGAAACUACUUGAUUCAUUUCAUGUCUUUGUGUGCAUAAUAGUUAGAACUGUAUCUUGAUAAUAAAUAAUAUUAUUAGUUGUAGCCGUGA